UUCUAAGUUUCUAACUCAACCAGUUUGCUCUCUUUUACUAUCAUACAUCCUCUCACUUAUUUCCCUUAAAUUUAGUGAUUGAAAGAAAGAUGUACAAAUGGGCAUCCUGGACCAUGUCUUAGACUUUUGGGAUGUUACCCUCCCAAAACACAAGAAACGUAAGCCAUUUCAGACUGUUAAAAUCAAAGUGAAAAUGGACUGUGAUGGAUGUGAAAGGAGAGUUACAAACUCUGUUGCUCAUAUCAAAGGGGUGAACUCCGUGGAGGUAAACAGGAAACAGAGUAAAGUAACGGUAAGAGGACAUGUAGAACCGAAAAGGGUGUUAAACAAAAUAAAAAGUACAGGAAAAAGAGCUGAAUUUUGGGCAUAUACCCCAUAUAAUUUGGUCACAUACCCUUAUGCACCUCAAGCUUACGAUAAAAAAGCUCCUUCCGGAUAUGUCAGAAAUGUACCCCAAGCAUUUGCAACACCUGAUGCUCCUGACCAGAUAUAUACUUCAAUGUUUAGUGAUGAAAACCCUAAUGCUCCUUGUUCCAUCAUGUAAUUGGGUCCACCAAUUACAAAUUGAUAUGUAAGAUAUUGUGCGCUUUUACUGAGCUUGUAUGUAUUUGUUCAUACCUUAUAGUAAUUUGAAUUUCCAUCACUUUUAUAUUUGUCAAUAAUUUUUUAUUUUUUCGAUGUGGGACUUGGAAUGUACA